AUGGAGGCGGUGCGCAAGCGCCCGCAGCGCGCUAAAGCCGCCAAGAAGCAGCCCAAGGAUGCGCAGAGCGACAACGAGGACGUGCAGGCGGCCAUCGCGGAGCUGGACGCCAUCCAGGAGCCUGUGGCCUCGGACAGCGAGAUCCGCCGCAAUGAGGAGGACCUUAUGGCCCUAUUGCAGGGCGGCUGUGAGGGCUCUAAGGAGCAGGAGCUGCUGGUCGCUGAAGGCGCAGGCUCGCAUCCUCCUCAUAGAGACGGAGACCAGGCUGAAGGGGAGAGUAAAGACACAGGAAGCGCGCUGGGGACGGACUCUGCAGCUGCUCAGGAGACGGCAACGCCGCCGUUGAUUCCAGUGCUGGAUGGAGCCAUCUCCGCCCCCUCAGCUCCGCUUUUUGACGACGAAGAGAGUGACGGAGGGUGGGUGGCCCCUCCGCCGCGGUUGCCGCUGCAGCCGAAGCCUAGUGCCCCACCUCCGCCACUACCAGUUCGACCGUCGAUGCCCCGUGCUUUCCAUGAAAUUACAGUGCCGGCAGGGAUUGACGUUGCUGCUCCGUCGGCGCCGCCUGACUUUGAAGAUGAUGUGGAAGUGGCGGAGCACUCGAGCACAACUCCGUCGGCGCCGUCGCUGUCGCCGACGACGUCGAAGAAACUGCACAAAGUGGUGGCAUCGCCGCGGAACCCGGAGAAGUUGGGCCCAGUGGCGAGGAUGCCGCUGCAGAGAGCAACAGAAACGUCGGUGGAAGGCGCCACUGCGGCGGUGAUGAGUUCGUUCGCCAAGUCCCACUUGUCCGAGAAAAAAGCUGGGAUGCAUAACAUUUAUCCGUCGAUGCCGCGUGAAGCGUCGAAAGCAGCCGAGUCGACUACCCAGUCAAAGGAAGCAGAAGCAGACGGAGCAGAGACUAGUUACGAACAGCUUUUGAAGAAGAAGCACAUUCGGGUGAAGCUGGAGCCGUUCAUCAACUACGAGAUGAACCUGAUGCGAGCCGAGACGUCCCAAAAGCGCCAGGAGAUGAAGAUGCGGCAUAUUGAGACCAACAAGGGCGAACUGUACGCGCGGGUAGAACGCUACUUAUUUUCUGAGUACAUUUUGCACAAUGCUGCGUCGACGAUGGACGAGUACAAGCAGAAAAUUGAUCUCCUGGUCAAGAAAGUGUGGACGCUCGAAAAGAAACGAGUUUCUUCAUCGAAGCGAUGCGGUGAUAACGUGGAAAUUGAGCAGCAAAUGGAAUUUCAGACGGCAAAGCUGGAGUCUGUCCAACUCGAAAAGCUGAAAGCUCACCUGGACAAGCUGCGGCAACUACGCACGGUCGAGGCUUCAAUGCAUUCGUUUGACCGCGCCAUUGCGUUCUUUCACGUGGAGCAGUAUUUGAACAGCGUGCUGCAGGAGCCGAAUCUGGUGGCAUUUCUCAACAAGAUGAGCUCUUCUUGUGGCGGCACCAGUGGUAUUGAUGACUUGGAUCUCGUACCGGAGGGUGCUAACUUUUACGAAGCGCUGCCCCAAGGAUCAUCUCUUGCGUCAUCGGUGGAUCACUUAAAGUACUGUUUGGACGUGCUGAUCUUCUUUGAGAAGAAAGUGACGCUAGGGGAAGAGGGGGUAUUUGGUCGAGUACCGCAGUCAUUUUACCGUGGAGAGCUGGUCUGGCACAGCAAUCACGCAAAGAUGCAUUACAGUGCGGCUGGCGGUGGGGGGAUGGAGCGAAAGAUCAAAUGCUACGCCUGCGGCAGCUUGAAUUCUCCCAUGAAAGCUAACCAAUGGUGUAAAUUGUGCGAAAGCUGCGAUGUGGUACUUUAUCUCCCUCCAUCAUCGGUCUCCACAAAAUCAAAUGAAUGGUUUACGAGCGUUUUGCGCUUCAGGCAAUCCCUGCAAAAGUGGAUUUCGACAUGUCUGCAGAGCCUCUUGCGAGCGAAGUCGUUGCAAAAUAUGCCGUAUUUACUGAUGCACGUGAUGUACUUGCCUCGGAUCUCAACGGACGAGCGAUCGUGGUUUCUAAGGUUUCUCCAGUUCCCGCGUGCGAUGGUCCGGACAGAUGGGUCUCUGAGGAAUGAGUGGAGCGAAGAUUUAGUCGAUCACUACAUCGCCAUGUUACAUUUGGUGUUCCAUCCUGAAAAGUUGCGGCGGACGUCGAUGAUUGUGUCUAGCGCACCGCCGAAUGGCUCAAAGACUCUAAAAAGUGCGGAGGUUGGAGUGGCCGAUGGAAAAGGUUUGGUCUCUCCCGAGUGGGUGCUGUUGGAGAACCCAGAAAUGCUGGAUCGCUAUUUUCUAUCUGAUGAAGAUUUCGUGGCGGUGCUGAACCAAUUCCCCAACACGUUUGCUUUCGAGCAAUUAUUCCGGUGCACCUCAGACGUAAAGAAGUGUUUCAGCCGAGCGCUAACUUUGGUGCUGGAGCUCACGCACAGCUUACGCGCGUUUCAGGAAUUCGAAAAGUUACCUACACGAAUCGCGCAACUUCUUGGACAAUUGCUGGCUGAUGCGUCGGAGCUGCCCGGAUCAGGUCGACCAAACGACUCGGGAAUGAAGGAUGCUGUAUUUUACCCGACGCUGUUUGAUCAGUUGUUUCUAACAAGUUUGCAUGGGCUCAUGGCGGCCGACUGCAACCGGGUGGCGUGGAAGAGUUUGCACUUGUUUCCUUUUGGCUCGUUGUCUGAUCUGGCGAAGUGGGACGUAUUAGCUCUGCUACUAUUCAACCUCCACAGUCUGCCACUGGAAGCAAAAACAGCAUCGGGAUGGAUGCAGUUUAUCGGCAAGCCAAGUUCACAGGACGUAGACACUGGAGCGUUGGCGCGUCAGCAUUUGUAUGACUUGAUUGAGUCCGAUACGGAGAGCGCGAUGUAUCUACUGAAUGCUGUGGCCAGUUUGGCUGCAUCGUGCCGUCCGUCGUCCGAGAAGAAUCGCGCUACCGAACGGAAUGACCUGGUGUCCGUUGCUGUGCAUGAAUUGUUUAUGGCCGGCUACACUGUGGAAGCUUGUCAACACGCGCUAGGCGAAAAUGGUGAGCGGGCAGCAGGACCUCUCAGUACCAUUUGUUUGGCGCACCCAUGGGUUUUGUCGCUUUUGAUCACACUUUUGUUCAAGUAUCACGAGUGCGCUGCAACCUGGAUUCACGUGUUCGAAACGUUUCCAAUCAAUCGUUGGAUGCCGACGGCUCAGGAUUUGCUGAAUCUACAAGAAUGGCUACUUCUCGAGGACACUUCAGCACCACGAAGUGCUCUAGCUCGAUUCCUUUUGGACCAUAUCAAUUGGGAGUAUGAUGUAAAGCAUCAGCGAUUGUUUACUGACGCUAUGCUACAUCGCCAAGUGGCCCUUAUGGUCGCCGAGGCGUUAGUGCUGUACAAGACGCGAAAGGAGCGAGCAAGCGACCCUGAGUCAGCUAUUGUCUUGUCUGGAGGAGGCUCUCCGCAGAAGCUGGAGGUAACUUCAAUCGCCAAGUCGAUUCGCCGGGCAUUAUGGCUGGGUGAAGCGGUGGAUUUCGAGAAGUGGUGCUGGACACUCAUGCUGAAAUUGCGAUUUUACUCACCCAAGACGCGCGAACCAUUGCUACCGCUUAUCGAUCUUCGCCACGACCGGUCACGUGAAGCUUUGACGCUGCGCCGUUGGUUUGCUGGGGCAUCAGUGCUGCGAGUUCUGCCUUCUCGCAAAGUGUUCCCGUUUUACGCGUCGCUAGAGGAAGAGGUAACUCACUUUGGCCACAGUGAUAACCCAAAGCGAAGCGCGCCAGAAACUGGAUUUGGAGGAAGCACUGGAGCUCCAAUUCAACAAGAGACUCGUAUGCUUUUGACCCCGCAAAACUCCAAAGGAGUGGCUGGAGGGGAUAUCGACUCGACAGUUGCAGCCACUGCUGCUCCUCGAACGGAGCCUAUUGUGGCGUAUGUAAUCUGUCAGAUGACGACUUUCGUGUUUAGCGACCGUCUUGACCGCUGGGAGCCUUUGCUAGUCCUCCUGAAGAGCGAGUUCUUCCCUGCUGCGAUUAAAGUCCUCGAGAACUUGUUCCCGAUUCUGUCGCGUCUGGAUAAGAAGAAUGAUUUCCCAACCGAAAGCGAGAAUGAGUCCAAGACAGCGACAUCAAACAGCGAGGAUGAUGCGGAGGCAGCUCUAUCUUCUGAGGAAAUUGAAACUGAAGAAGAAGGGCAAACUCAACAUGGUGGCGUUUUCAUGGAUAUUGACAACGAGUUGGAGAUAUGCAUGGCAGCGAUGCAAGCUUUAUCGACCGACGAGUUGCUAAGCCUGCUGAACUCUCUGCAUGAGUUUUCGUACAUCAACACAGACGAACUCCAUCGCAUGCAAGAAGUUCUCAACAAGGGCUACAUUGGUGGGUGGGAGAGCACAGCAAAAGGCCGUAUAUUGGCGAAGCUUCGCUUUGUGCGAGAGUGCAGUCGGUACUUGCACCCUGUUGUACUACCCGCGCUCAUCAACGAGUGUUUCCCUCAAUCGAGUCCUGUAUCGGUGACAACUUCAGCAUUGUUUCACGGAGCGAUGUCAUGGAUUUCGUCGGCGUUAGGCGGUGAAAACAGUACGGGGGCAUUGUCUCCGUCGGCAGCAUCAUCGACGAGUGCCGCUCUAUCGAUUCGUAACUCUUCGUUGACGUCAACGUCGUCGUUGGGAAUGAUCGCAGGAAGUGACUAUUCUGUCUCGGCUAAAGCAGUGUGUGCUCUGAUCAGACGCUCUUUUGAGUACUCUGUCGACGAUAUGUCUCUUGCUGAGUCGAUGCGGUUCUGGAUGAAGUCCUUGUUACAAGUACCUUUUUGGUAUGAAAACGCGGCGUUCCGGCACGUACUGGAUGUCAUGCUGCACUGCAGUAUGGAAAGCGCCCAUGAAGCAAAAGCCCAUGCCGAUGCGAGUGAACAACGGGGUCCUCCAUCUAAUAUUUUGUUCGAGUUGGUCGGCUUAGUGGAAGCUGCAUUCGACUCUUUCUGUCACCGUGUCGCCCGCAAAGAGCAGGAUGCGGCACAGCCGGAGCAGCAGUUCCUCGAGAACGAACCGAUUGUUGUGAUGAGCUUCUUACCAGCAGUGGCCGCCUCGGCGACUUUCGCCUCAAUUUUUGGUGGCUCAUACAAUGUGGCACAGUACGUUAGCGGGUGUCCGUAUCUCGCUCUCUGGUGUCUACUAAUUGAAACGCGGAAGGAGGUUCCGUUGUUCCUUACGAUGGGGCAACUUAUGGUAAAAUAUGAGCCGAAAACGAUGAAAAAGCUCGAGAAAUUGAAGAAAACGGAAGGUCGGCUUGCUACAGCACUUAGUGCAGUUCGAGAAGGAAAAACGUUAGACGAUCAAGCAGAGGAAACGAUCUACGAAGCUUCAAACUCGACAUCGCGUCUAGGCAACCCCUUGGCAUUUGGUCAUACCAGCCUGGAUUCGCUAUCCCAGUACAAGAUUUACCGCUGGUGCAACUAUUGUCUCGAUCUCCCUGAGUCGGAGCCCACGCAGAUUAUCUACUGGCAAGUGUUUUUCGCACUGUACUUCGCAACGGCCGGUGGAUCGCACGUAUUCGGCCACCAUUUCCUCGAUCGAUCGGGCAGUCGCAGCACAAAACGUGUUCAUCUGAGGAAACAUCUACAGACAAAAUUGCGGAAACUGGUAAACUUUUGCUCCAACCAGGCACGAGUUGUACUUACAGCUACAGGAACGGCUGGACGCACGUCGAGCGGUACUGGAUCAGGUGGAGAGCUGAAAGAGCGUCAGUACUCUCAUUUCGUCGCACUAUCGCAACUUUACGCAGCGAUGGACGCGUGGAUGGAGGAGAAGGACCCGAACCAAUGGCUUAAGGAGGAAGAAUUGUCGGGCUUGCCACGGCAUUACGAGGUAGAACGACUGAAGGACGUUCUACGGCUGAGUGACGAGUUGCUGAAUUCCCACUCGGAUCAGAUGAACUGGUCAGACUUGCCGCUGUGGACGAAUUGGUGUGGAUUUGAUUUUACCGUGAGACGUACGAAGCCGCAAGUGACUAUUAGUGAUGAGAGCGAGGAGUCCGCUAGCUCUUCAGUACCAUCCUUGUCGACCCCACUUGCUACAGCUGGAGAAGAAGAUGAUUUUGCGUUUGUGGAGGAAGCAUCGGAACUAGCUAGACGACAUAGCAGCUUUGGUGGACUUGCUGGGCUGGCUAGCCUCAGCAUUCGACCUUUGCCGUUACUAUCGGAUCUAUGUGGACCCUCAAGCUUGACACAGCUACCGACGGUAGCGUUUACUGUUUCGCCAGAGCGAUGUGUCAUCACCCCAUCUCUUCCGCUUAAUAAGGCGGGUUUGAAAGCAGUGGCCAUGAAAUUCUCGGAGAACCUGUCUGUUCUUGUGGCACUGGACUCUGAAAUGAUUGACAGUGUUUCUCAGCUGUAUAUCAGCAAGGCGAGAACGGUGACGCAAAGUAUGCCGUGCCCUGAAGGCGCCAGCUGCCGCAGUCCUGCAGCGUUCCGGUUCGAGUUUUUGGAGUGGAUGAUGGAUUCAAGAAUGGAUGAUGCAAUCCAGUCGAUUCGUGCGCAGGGUGAGCGCUGUGAUAUGCAGUCCAUGUUGAUCAAAAAUGUGGCGUUAUCAUUAGGUGAGCAUGAUGAGGGCAGUACAGGUACCACUUCGGCGAUGCUAAUGGGAGCGGAGCAGUUUUUACAGCUCGAUGGAGAUGGAUUUAUGCUGUCGCUUCAGAUUCUGCUCAUUGACCAAGUUGUCCGAACGCUGGGUGUUGAGCAUGAGAAGCUUCAGCGUGUGAAGAAGACGCUAGAAGACGAGCCCCCGACUGAAAAGCCCGCACAUGAUGAAGUACUUCAGAAUGCGGAAAAAGCGACCGAUGAAGUUAUCGAAGAUGUAACGCUCACACCUAUCCAGAAGGCCGAGCAGGAAGUGGAGCGCCUACAUAACAAGGGGCUUGAGUGGUUCCGUUUGCUCACUGAGCUGGACACAAAGCUUUCCCGCAUGGUGCCACCGCUACGUGAAGCUUUGUGGCGUUCUAUCAAACAGUUGGGACUGAAUUUCGUGUGCGUGGACGAACGUGAGACGUGCACACUUCUUCAACUCAUGCUGGAAGACCCAUCUCGCAUCAAUUUGCUGAGCGACUGCUUCUUCCCUGCUGCUGCACCUACACGAUUCGUUGAAAUGUUCGCAAAGCUGAUGAGUGCUAGUAGUUCUGCCAAGCUCUCGGGUGAAGAGAAGCUCACGCUGCUUCGUCGUUUUGAUUUCCGCGUGUGGUUGCAAACAAAAAGCCCGCAAACACCAACCAAACUUGAUCGCGAAACCGUUCUGUGUAUGAUUCUGGGCGAUAUUGGUCAUCAGUUCCCUGCAGAUCGUAGUCUGGUUGAAAGAGGUCGAAAGACUCAAGACAAGGAUGCGUCACGACAUUUGGACGAAGUUCUUCGUGUGUACGCUAAGGUUCUACAACUCAUUUGCUCUGCUCAUCUAGAAGACCAUGUCGAGAAGAUGGUGCACGCGCUGGUUGGUGUUCACGAUGACUAUCGGUUCCAAGCAGGCAAUGGAGAAGCGAGUUCAUCUGACGAUGAUGGAUCAAACUCCUCAGGUUUGGCGGCGCUGCCCCGUCCAGUAGACGCUGUUGUGUGGGAGGCUCUCGUUGGAAUCCCAGUUGCUGCCUGGAAAGAGCUGCCAUUUACGCAGGUUGAGUCGCUUGUGACGUUCCUCAGUCAACACAUGACAUCGCUGCGAUGGCAAGGUGGGCUGUCUGGUGGAGGCGCCACGAAACCAGGAGGCACCUCUGAGCUUCUACGUGGAAGAGAAACGCAGAGUUCGUCAUCUGCUUCAUCAUCGAAGUAUCCUAUCGUAUACUGGCAGCGACUUGGAGUCCUCAAGAGUUUCCUGGACUUGUUUACGCUCUGCUGUCGUGUAGCCCCAGAGCAGCAGCAGUGGGAGCUGAUCACAGCGUUUUUCGAGCCUUUGCUCUCCACGCUAUACCAACCAGCCACUAACUCGGAAGGCUCAGCUAUCAGUGCACCGUGGUCGGAUCAAGACACCCUGUCGACGGGGACAACAAUUUGCUCGUGCUUUGUGGCUACCUGCUCUGAGUAUCUGAAGAAUCAGUCGUCGGGUGCAUCACAGCCCCGGACCACAGUGAUCAUCGGUGAUGAUGCGGUGUUGACACAGACGGCCAAGCUUUCACAGAUUUGGUCUUUCUAUUUGACGGUGCUUGUCCCGCAUGCGCCAACUCAUAUCUGCAAGCACUUCCACCAGUUUGUGACGCGGUUAGCGUGGGAGCACUGGUGCCUCACACUGGAAAUCGUGCAUCAAAUGCGCGAGCUCGUUCAGACGGAAAAACAACAACUCACCGGCGUUGCAACUGGGGCGAGUGGCCAAAUCGUCCCUCCAACGCACUCAUCGUUGUCGCCGUACCCAUUCGUAUCCUGGCUCGUACGUGACGUAUUGUGCCGGACAACUUGGAAAUCGACCGACGCGUGGCUGGGGGCUCAGAGUGAGGCUGUGUGCUCCUCAUUUUUGCUGGAGUUUGCGAAGCUGUGCUUGGAAUUGGUGCUGGAUAUGCCCCACUUCCAGGUUCAGUCUGGUCAUGCAGCAUCAACUAAUGUGCUUCCGCCGUACUUCGUCAACUUCAUCAAGCAGCAGUCUGCGUUUUGGGCAAAAUGGAAAAUGACCAUGGGCGACUUGGAGACGCUACAGCGAUUUACGCUGGAGGCGCUACUGGAGCCUCUAGGAAGUCGGGGGCCAACAAGAGGAGGGUCAAGCCUGGCUUCGAGUGGGCCAUUCCCAGCGUCACCAAGUGCCGCGAUGAUGCAGGAUGCGUUCACAAGGUUGCAGUUGGUAUUUCGGUUAUUUGGCCAGAUCACGACACUCCACCACGACGUGCUUCCUAAACCAGCAAGCCUGGAGCGGGUAAACCUCUUCCUGAAGCUGCUGUUUGGUGUGUUUGAGGUCAAUGAUCGUGGUUGCCUUGAUGGCAAUCGCUACAACUCCGACCACGCCGCGUGGCUGAUGGUUCUGUACGGGUCGAGUUGUACGGCGUUAUAUGAGAAGUUGGAUGAGUUGGUGCACUUCUACAAGCCCGAAGGUGGCAAAGAGAAUGGUACUGAAGCUUUCAAGAGCAGUGAUGAUUCUGACUCCAACGAAGGCGUUUCGGAAGAAAAUUUGACGGCCACGAUAGAAGGAGUGCUGCGAUUUUGCAACCUGUCUCUCGUGGAAGUGUUCUUCAAGCAGUUGCAAGGCAGUCCGAAGUCUGGCGGUGGUAAUUCAUCGUCGGGUUCUUCGGGAAGUGGUUCGCUAAACUGGAACAAGUGCGGCAACGUGGUGUUCGUGGAGAUCGACGCCCUUGUCCGUGACUUCGCAUCCAGUCAGAAGGCACUUCAACUGCGCAACUACCGGGGUCAUCAAACCUCGGAUCGCACCUCCGACAAGGAAGAGGAUGCGAAUGGUACGAUCGUUUCAGCGACCCAGUCCCCAGCAGAAGCCAUUGGUACCCCUCUUGGAAAGGUGCUGUGGAGCUUCUUGGCCUUCCGAGGUGGUGAGCUGGCUUGUCUAGCUGCGUGCGGACGUGCCCUGGCUUCCGUUCACGUGAUGAGUCAAGUCGCCGAGAAAAGCAUUGAAAAGUGGAUCAUCGAGGAGCGUCGUGGAAUGUGGGACGCUUUGGCGUUGCGUCUGCAGGUGCCUGAAUUGAGUGGCGACGAGUUCGAGACGGCGUGUUUGGAGCAAGGCAAACUGCUCACCCUGCAGGUUCUCUUCCUGCAGCAACUGCGCCGUGCACCCGUUCUAACGGAGUCAUUAAGUCUCGCGCUGCUGACGAAGCUGAUGGGCUGGAUGGAGCGAGCUCGAGUGGGAAGCAGCUCCUUCGCGCAGAUGAAGUUGCUGUUCCUGGCUGCUGAAGUGACCAAUUGUGUGUGCAAGCCGCUCGCCGAGGUGCUGCCUUCGACGUUGAAGAAGCAGAUGCUGCGUCAAUUGUGUGACCUGUUACUUGAGCUUGGGCACGCACGCCGCAACAAUGGGAUCAUGAAGGCUAUUGGUCUGGGUGGGUCGUUGCAAUACGGCGUGGAGUUCCACGUCUCCUGUUUGGCUGCGGGGAUAUUCCUGCGGUUGCAGACGCGGAAUGGAGCACCGCUGAGAACGGACGACCGUAAUCCAUUCAAGAUGACUCGAACCACGGAGAAGCACCUGCGCUCUCUAGAGACGAUGCUGCAGAGCAAGGAUGCGUUCCAGCUCGGACGCCGUGCUGACGCCUUGGUGGACUUCGCUCGAGAUCCCCGUCGGAGCCUCGCUGAUCAAGACGAGUUCUUCGUGACGCUCUUCUCGAGCAUGUAUCCGGCUCAAGGGUGGCUGCUGGCCAAGUGCUUGGCGUAA